AUGGGUUCAGCCUCUUUCCCAUCUAUUUUGUUCAGUGGUAAAGCUUUGACUAAGAGGAGUUUCUCCUUAAGGCACACGGGAUUAUCGCUAGUGGCAUUUGGUGCAAAAGAAUUGGGUCCAAAGAAUGAAGAGGAAGACCACAGGGCCUUGGAAACAGUUCUCAACCUUCAUAAGGCAAUUAAGAAUCAAAACCUUAAUGAACUGUCUGAAACAAUUGGCGAAGAAUGUUGUUGCAUAUGCAACUUUGUCUCAGCAUUCAAACCCUUCCAUGGGAAGAAGCAAGUAUUGGAUUUCUUCUCUUCUCUGAUACAGAACUUGGGAAAUAACAUUGAAUUUGUGGUGCAGCCCACACUUCAUCACGGAAUGACUGUUGGUGUUUCUUGGAAACUAGAAUGGAAAAAGACUCAUGCACCUCUUGGAAAGGGUUUCAGCUUCUACAUGUGUCAUAUCUACCAAGGGAAGGCAGUGAUAAGGAAUGUAGAGAUGCUUAUGGAACCAAUCCUUCAUAUUGAACCUAUUAGACUAGUAAGCAAUGUGGAAGAUUUUAUAUGGCUUUGA